UGCGCAUGCGCAUCGGUCCUCCAUUAAUGUGCGCGUGGAGCAUGUUUACGCGAUGCUGUUAGCAAGGAAGCAUUAUUAGUGUUGUUUCGUUUGAGUUACAAAGCAGUUAAUUGGCAAUAGAAACCCGACAAAAUGGCAAACGAGGGUUCAACGAAGCUGUCGAAAAACCUUCUACGGAUGAAGUUUAUGCAAAGAGGUCUUGAUGCAGAGGUAAAGAAACAACUGGAGGAAGAAGAGAAGAGGAUUAUAAGCGAUGAACAUUGGUAUUUGGACCUGCCUGAACUUAAAGCCAAAGAGAGCUACAUUGUUGAAGAAAAGAGUUACAUUCCAUGUGAAGACUUGGUUUAUGGAAGAAUGUCAUUUAAGGGAUUCAAUUCUGAGGUUGAGAAACUAAUGGUUCUAAUGAAUGCUCCCAAAGAAGAGGAGGAUGAAGUGGAGGAGAAGGAUAUGACUCAGAUGGACAUGGAUGUAACUGAUGAGGAGAUGGCCAUGAGAUAUGGAAGCUUGGUUGAAAGCAUGAAACGAAGAUUUGCCAAAAAAAGGGAACGCACAUGUCUGAAGAAUGUCGAGGAAGAUCUCAACCAUAAUACUGUAGAGACACAACCUAAGAAAGCUUUUUUAAAGCCACAGGACUGAGACAUUUCAUAGCCUUUAGGAUUUUUUUUUUUUUUUAAGUCCUUCAAAGGAUAUAUAUACACACAGACUUUGGCCUUUUAUUGUUUUAAUGCCUUUUACGAGUGUUCAUUGUAAGGGGAAAAAAGAAUGCUACAAAAUGGCAGUAAAAAUGGAUGUUGUACAUCCUUGUUUUUAAACAAAUGUUUAUGAACAUUAUAAUGUGCAUUGUAUUUUUAUUUUUUUAUAUAUUUUUGGGCCACCCAGAAGAAAGUAUAGUUAAAAAUUCUUGUGCAAGAACUGAAAUUUAAAGGUCUGUUUUUUCACAGCAAAGAAAAUUAUGGCAAAUCCAAAAAAAUGCAUGGGUGAAUCUUGUGUUGGUAAAGUAAAACUCCAGUCACAGUAUAUCUUGUGUUCAGGCACACCACCACUUUUUUUUAAUGGUAAUGGAUCCAUCUUAUAAAUGUAGCUAGAACACACCCCUUGCAUUUUCCUUGUGACAGAAUUCCAAACAAAUCUGUGUUUCAGAAUCUGUCUUUAUGGUACAUUUAUGGGUCAGUCACAUCUCAAAUAUGUAUUAAGCAAAAACUUGACAAUAAUUAAAAAGUGAAUGCAUGCAUGGCAGGCACUGCUA